AUGAAUACGUCCGUCAACGCAGACCGCGCGGCGAGAUUUGACUCCGAGGUCAAGCGCAAAGCGCAGAUGAGGGCAAUGGAAGACGAGCAUCGCCGACAAGCCACGCUCUCCACACCCACCACCCCGACUCCAGGCAAUGACGCCAGUCUGAAGCGCGCGAAUAUGACGCGGUUCCAGAACGCCGCGGACGACGUCGCCUCACCCAGCGCGGAAGCCUCUCACGACCCAGCCCCUACCCGCCACGAACCCAUGACCGAGAAGGACCUGGAGAAAGGGAAAUACGAAGCCGCAGAACCGUUCCGGCCGCCCCGGGGGAACCGGUUCAGUUGA